CAGGGGCUUCCGGGGAACUCGUGUGUGAAGAGUGGUGCAACUCGUGCGGACGGAGAAGCCGGGAGUGGGGAAGCCGGAAGAUGCGCCAUGACGGUCGUCCUAGCGGCCUUGGCGGAGGCGUUGCACUCGCCCUUGAUGGAGCGAUGCUUCGUGGGAUCUUUGGGCUAUAGCAAAUGCUGCCGCUUGGCUGAGAGUGCCUGGAUGAAGGAGGUGCUUCAGCCCAUGUGUUGGGAGCAGCGAGAUGCCAACUUCGAGAACUGUUGUUAUUUUCACUACGGGCCCAAGAUUCGUGGGCUACCCUAUCAGCUGGAGGAGGCAGAGGAGGCCGAGUUUGAGCUGCCGAAGGUCGGACGGAUGAGACUGAGGCAACACCCGCAGCUGAACUUGGAGUUCUGGCCGGCGGGGUGGAUCUUUGCGCGCUUGGUCUCCGGGAUCCCCGAGGCUCAACGGUUGGCAGAUGCCUUUGGCUGGUCAGAAGCUGCGGAAGCCUUGAGCCGCUUGCCCCACCGCCGUCCACUGCGGAUGCUGGACGUCUCUUGUGGCUUCGGGCUGAGCACCAUCGCUGCGGCGGCCAAGGGCCACAACGUGACUGCGACCGAGGUGUCCUCGAAGCUCUUGAGGAUCGCAGGCCGCAAUGUCCUGUCCAAUGGCCUGCGUGGCGUGCAGUUUCGACAGUGGGACGUGCUGAAGGUGCCACAUUGGCGGUCCGCGCAGAGAUUUGAUCUUUGUUUGCUGGACCUCACUCACUUCAACAUCUUCUAUCGUCAGAAGUCACUGGGUGAAGACGUCUCUGGUUUGUCGCCGCCUAUCGGGCAGGUAUUGCCCAUCGUGGUGCGACACGUUCGACAGCUGGGCGGCUGCACACUGAUGGCCUUUGCUGUCGUGGAGUCCAAUGGAAGGAGAGUCAUUGAUGAGCGCCUGCCGGAAGAGAUGGGUUAUUCCAACUUCACGGCGGCAUUACUUGCAGCCUUGGAGCGAUUGCCUGAAGAAAGUGGCCACAUUGACCGUCGUCGCCCGAUGGUGAGCCCGCUAGGCUGGUUGGAGAGAGUGGGAUGGACUCCACCCAUCUUCUACCACCUCGUACUCUGGUAAAGCACCCUUCGCAAGCAGCCAGGCCAAACAGCUCUCGGACUUCAAGCUGCUGCUGCCGGGGCUCCUUGACAGCCAAAGCUUUUCGCUGCUUGACUGGAGUGGAGUGGGGGCAUUGCACGGGAUCGGAUUCAGGACGGGUGGGCCUGGUGGGUGUGGCGGUGGUGGACCUGGGGAGUUGGGUUGAGUAUGAGUGAGUGUAUGAGUUGGGGUUCUCCAUGCUUGCAAAGAAACGUUCUUGGAUGUUCAAAAUAUUUUCCACUCUUGUUGAAUUGAAAAUUGCCCAGCUUGAUCGAUAGCUAUAGGUGGCGCCCAAGGCUACUGCGGCUAGUAGCCUCUUCCGCAUUUUUUCAAGCAGUGCACCGAAGAGGCUUGGGAGUUGAAGGUGGAGCUGUCCUUCCGCCUCUGGCAGGGAUGCCAGCGGAAGAGGCUCAUCGACAGCCAGAGCUUUGCGCUGCUUGACCUGCAUGACAAAUACAUGUGGCCUUGCUGGAGGUAAGGGCUUGACCCUGCUGAAAACAGCUUGGGUAGGUGUCUGGGUACGAGUGCUAUGACGCCGGCGUACACAGGCCACCCGAAUCCGGCUCGCUGGAUGGCGUCUUCUCCGAGCGGACAAGGUGCCAGAAGGCGGAGGAACUCUGGUUCUUCAAGGUUUUGAUCCUCAACUUUGCUGGGAGAGGACCGGCCUAUUUGUUCCCAACGAAGAAGGUCGGACCGUCAGUAGAGUCCAAGCAGCCUUCGCUGAGAGGGAGAAGACAGUAGAUCUGAGACGAGGAUCACCGGAGAUCUCGAGAUUUUGUGAAGAAGUCUAGGGGUGAAAAAACGACCAGCUUCAGUUGCCCAGCUUCAGUUGUGGUUUGUCACAGGAUCACUGGGUGUUGCCCCGAGCCACUUGGGUUGCUUCAACUAGUCCAUUUCAGAGCAACACGGCUGGUAGCUGAUGCCUUCGCACCUCGUGUGUUCGAUAUUGCUUCAUGCUCCAAAGGAGAGGCUGGCACUAGGUUUCCCCAAAUGCGGACGCGCGUCGUGGCUGGACUUACUUCACGCUCAGCUCUAGCUAUUCACGUGUUCACUCAUGUUUAUUUGUGGCAUCGUGUAGCUUGUUGCACUUCUUUGGACAAUCCAAAC